AUCCGAUCGCGUCUCCACGACCCAUCUGCAGCCCGCAACCCAACCCUCGCUCCCGCAUCAACUGCACCAACUGCCUCUGACAACAUGACUGGUGGAAAGGGAAAGUCGUCCAGCGCUGACAAGUCCAAGUCUUCGACCAAGUCGCGCUCUGCUCGCGCCGGUCUCCAGUUCCCCGUCGGCCGUGUCCACCGUCUUCUGCGCAAGGGCAACUACGCCCAGCGUGUCGGUGCCGGUGCCCCCGUCUACCUCGCUGCCGUCCUCGAGUACCUCGCUGCUGAAAUCCUCGAACUCGCUGGCAACGCCGCCCGCGACAACAAGAAGACCCGUAUCAUCCCCCGUCACCUGCAGCUCGCCAUCCGCAACGACGAGGAGCUGAACAAGCUGCUCGGCAACGUCACCAUCGCCCAGGGCGGUGUCCUCCCCAACAUCCACUCGACUCUCCUGCCCAAGAAGUCCAAGACCGGAAAGGACGAGAAGGUUCCUUCGUCUGCCGGCAAGGCCUCGCAGGAGUACUAAGCGCAGUGCCCCGAGUCUCCUCCGCAGCUUGCCUUCCCUAACUUAUUCCCGCCGGUUGCCGAU